AUGCCGCCUCCUCCUCCUCCCCCUCCGCCGCCCGGAGGGAUGGGAGGCCCUCCUCCACCUCCACCCCCAGGAAACCUGCCGAGCAGGCCGUCGAAAGGACAAGCAAAGGAUCGGGGCGCACUUCUUUCAGAUAUCAAUAAGGGAACUCGCUUGAAAAAGACCGUCACCAAUGACAGAUCGGCGCCGGUACUUGGAGGGGGCUCAGGUGGGAACACAGGUGGUCCCCCUGUUGCUGGCGCUCCGCCGGUUCCUACUAUGGGCAGGCCGCCAGCCGCACCACCUGUUCCCUCAGGUAACCGACUACGAAGUGGCAGCGAAGCUGGCUCAGGGGUUGACAGUGGCCCGAGCGCCCCGGCCGCUCAACUAGGUGGUCUCUUUGCGGGGGGUAUGCCCAAGCUCCGCAGUCGAGGAGGAGUCGAUACGGGAGCCAACAAACAAGAUUCGCCGUACACGGACAGCUCGGCACCUAAGCCACCCGUUGCGUCCGCACCAAAGCCCCCAACAGUUCCUAGACCACCAGGCGCUCGCCCUCCCCCACCGCCGCCCUCUACUGAAUCGUCUCCUGCUCCUAACCCAUUGGUUGCCGCUCUUCGCAAACCGCCUCCGAGGCCGGCUUCCCGGCCAUCGUCGACCGUGUCAUCGAGGACCGCACCAGAUACACCCCCGCCGCGCGCACCUCCUCCGCUGCCAGGGUCGUCAAAGCCACCACCUCCUCCAGUAUCUUCAAGAAAACCUUCCGCACCCGCUCCUCCACCUCCUCCACCUUUCUCCGGCCCGUCUGCGCCUACUCCGCCUCCGCCGGCAGCUCCGCGGCCACCCCCUCCUCCCCCCGGCCCAGCACGAUCGACCCCUCCACCUCCGCCGUCUGCACCAUCGCAAAAUGGAGUUGGUGGCGCUUCGAUAGCCGUACAAGCAGCUCGAAACGCUCUUGGACACAAGGAAUCAGCACCAGCGGCUCCGCCGCCCCCUCCUCCGGCCUCAUCAGCACCCGCAGCGCCUCCUCCGCCACCCCCAAUUUCCCCGCCGUCAGCUCCCCAGGCCUUACCACCGCCUCCGCGUGCUCCUCCACAAGAGACGAGUCCUUAUACGCUUAGUAACGGCGGGCCGUCAUCGGGUGCAGGCGGUGGACACGGAAUUCUUGAGGUGGAUGACAAUCGGUUCAAGUUCCAAAGCGAAGGACUGUUCCCGAAGCCACGGCCAUUCUCCCGAGAGGUACGGAGAUACCGUGCAGGACGGGGAAGCAGCGUGCCUCUUGAUCUGAGUGCUUUAAGUGGUUGA